UGUCAGCUGUUCUUGUCUUGCUCGUGUUUUUCUCUUUCUUCCUCCGGGUUCUGGAUCUCUAAAACAACCUCCUUUGAACCCAGGUCAGCCGGGUUUUGGAAGGGGACAGCAUCCUUGCUCCGCACCGGAACCGAAGCACAACCCUCCGGCCUACUUUUCCUUUCGAAUUGGGAGCCGUCCUCCGCCGACAUCGAGCGACGAUGUGCAGCCGAUCCAGGCCUCCAGUCCGGUUUGGAGGGAGGGCAGGAGGUCGCUGGGAAUCGGGAUGGAGACCACGGAGGGCGCGGGCACGGCUGCCGGAGCAUACGGUCCGGGGCUCCGGUUCGGCUGUGCCUCCUUCAAGCAAGACUCCACGUCGCUGGCUUUGGGAACAAGGACCGGCUACAGGCUGUUUUCUCUGACCAUGGUGGAAAAACUGGACUGCAUCCACGAGAGCGCAGAGACUCCAGAUGUUUACAUCGUGGAGCGUCUGUUCUCCAGCAGUCUGGUCGCGGUGGUGAGCGCCACCACGCCACAACGCAUGAACAUCUACCACUUCAAGAAAGGGACUGAGAUCUGCAACUACAGCUACCCCACGGCAUUCUCGCUGAGUCAGCUCAACAGACAGAGGCUGGUGGUCUGCCUGAAGAGUCCAUUUACAUCCACAACAUCAAAGACAUGAAGCUGCAUGAAGACUCUCCUCAACACUCCGUCCAACCUCUCAGGUCUCUGUGCUCUCUCUACCAAUCAUUCCAACUCCUACCUGGCGUACCCGGGCAGCGCCAACCAUUGGAGAGAUCAUGGUGUAUGAUGCCAAUACUCUG